CCAGGGGUGAGGGGAAGGGGGAGGGGGAGGGGGGGGGACAGCCAUAGCAUGUAUGAUAUAUAUUGCAUGCGUGCCAGCGCCGUUUAUUACUAUAUCAUUCGUCUCUGCCAGCCGCUGGGGCCGAGCAUAUACCUGCCUGCCCACCAUGUUACCAGUCGUUGUGUAUGGUGCGUACGUAUGCGCGCUCUCGGCUUCCACACCAAGCCCUCUUGGCCCCGACUCUGAUCGACACUCUCGGCGAGAGAGGGAGAAAAUGAGAGAAACGAGGGAGUGAGAAGAGAGAGAGCAAGCGAGGCAGAGAAAGAGACAGGGCCCGCAGCGCGCCGUAGGCAGGCAAUAAUCCCUGUUUAGCGUAGCCGAUAGCCAAACAGGCCGUCC